GAUAUAGGAUAUUAGGAGAAAAAAACCAACCACGGGGUCGGGGAGGAGAGGAAAGGAGACGGGAAACAAAAACACAGCGCAGGCAGAGAGAGACGUAAAGCCGCCGCUUCGUGCGCGUCGACGUCACCUCGCCGCCGGGGGGCCAGGGCUGUCUCACCGCGGUGUCCCGUAGGGCUCCCUUCCCUCGCCGGACUGGGCGGGCGCCGGACGGAUCGGGAGGCGACGACCUGAGGGGACUGGCUGGGAUGACCGGGAAGAAGCGCAAGGCGGAGGCGGCGCGCCUGGAGGAGACGGACCAGGCGCUCUACGGGGCCUUCCGGGGCGCCGCAAACUCGCUCUCGCAGCUCUACACUCUCGCCAUGGGUGCGCAGAAAGCCUCCUUUAACGCCGGCGAACGCCACGCCAUGGAAAAACUUUAUGAAUGGAUCCUGAGGCAGCACGAAAAUGGUUUGAGGCUAACAGUUGCUGAUGUAGCUUCCCGUAUCCAGCUUGAGAUUCAGUAUGGAGGUGACAAUGCAUCAGCCUCUCCAAGGCCACAAUACCCUAGCCAAAGCACUGCACCUACAGUGCACAUCCCCAACACAAGCAACCAGCAACCAUCGCCAAGCUUAUUUGCUCCAGGAAACCCUGGUCUGACACAAUCCAAGAAUUCCAUGGUCUUUUCAAACGCAUUAUCCAGCCCCAUCCGGCGGAGCCUGCAGCCUUACCACCUAGAACAGGACGGAGACACAGGGUACUUUGUGAACGGCGCAAGCCGCGACAUGAACCCCACGGCUUCGAACGAUUCAUCCAUGGACAUGCACUCGGACAGCCCAGUUCAUGACUCCUACUGAGCAGCUCCCUUCACGGAACCGGAAGAACAGCAUUUCCAGUCGAAGAAGUGCCAGGCCUAGUAGGAAUAUUCAAUUUAACACCUUCCGUAGCCUCUUACACUAAGCGUGUGAUGCCUUGUGGCGUUGUUGCUACUACUUACCACCUGUUGCUUUGCCAGAAUACUGAAAUUUGCAUGUACUAUACUGUACCAUUUGAUUUAUCUGUGCAUAUUACUAGUGUUGGUACGUGACGAGUGCAGGAAACAAACCAUUGGAAAGAAUUUACAACGUGAACAGUUUG